CCCGUUCCGAUGCUCGAGAAUAGGAAGCCAUCAUCAUUGAUACCCAGAUACGAAUCUCGCCCUUGAAGCAUCGACGCUGACGAUAUCGUUGACCGAACCUUGGCUGAACCCUUUCUCUUCGAAACCGAUAGAAGUACUCAACAUCCGCCACGAUGCUCGCUCAACGUGUUGGCGUCGCCGCUCUUCGUCAAGGCGCGACUAAGCCCUUCUUCGCUCAGAACAUUCCCAAGGUUGCUCUCGCUGCUGGAAUCUCUACCUCUUCUCCCCUACGCGCUGUUGGUUCUACCAAGGUCUCUCAACAAGAAGGCCACCAGAUCCUCGUCAACCAGCGCCUCAACCGCCCGGUUUCUCCCCAUCUGGCCAUCUACAAGAUCGAGCAGACAUGGUUCGGUAGCUCCGCCUGGAACCGAAUCACCGGCUGCACCCUCUCCGCGACUCUGUACGGUUUCUCCCUCGCCUACCUCGCCGCUCCUCUUGUUGGACUUCACCUCGAGAGCGCAAGCAUCGCCAGCUUCGCCGCUGGUCUCCCCCUCGCCAUCAAGGGCGGUAUCAAGUUCACACUAGGCUUCCCCUUCGUCUACCACGCCAUCAGCGGCUUCAAGCACCUCCUGUACGACGCUGGAAAGGGUUUCGCCAAGACGACUAUUGUUCAGGCCGACAAGUACAUCUGGGCUGCCAGUUUCCUCGGCGCCAUUGGCCUGGUUGCUUUCCUGUAAAAUACCAAAAUUGAACAGAGAUGGAAGGAUAGAGAUGGGCAAGCAUAUUCGCAGUGGAUGAUACAAUGGAUAUAGGGAAGGAGUACGGCAAGGAUGAGAAACUCGUGUACGAGUAUUAGCCUGAGGGCAUUCCUGACUUUGAGCAAAGA